AACGCCAGCCACACAGUGACAGAGAGAGACCCAUUCUCACCAUAUUAAGCCCCCUCUGCAAAUCCAGAGAGAGAGAGGAGCAGAGAACAGAGCAUUUGAGUAAAAACCCAUCAUUUCUCACCCCCUCAAAAGCAAAAAAAAAAAAAAAAAAAGCAAAAGCUCUCUCUUUCUCUCUCAAAAGAGAGAAAAUCCAAGGAAGAAGAUAGGGUUUUCACUGUGUUGUAUGAGCAAGCAACGCCUCGGGGAGAUGAUGCAGAGCAUUGAGCAGGCUCCUCCUCAGCCACCUCCGCCGCAGUCGCAGUCGCAGUCGCAGCAACUGACCGUGCAGAACUCCGCCGGCUCUCUCAGCUUCAACAGUAACAUGUCCAAGGAGGAUGAGGAGAUGUCCAGGUCGGCUCUCUCCACUUUCAGGGCCAAGGAGGAGGAGAUCGAGCGGAAGAAGCUCGAGGUCAGAGAGAAGGUUCAGGCCCAGUUGGGUCGUGUUGAGGAAGAGACCAAGCGCUUGGCUACCAUUCGUGAGGAGCUUGAAGGGCUUUCAGAUCCAAUGAGGAAGGAAGUUUCACUGGUUCGUAAGAAGAUCGAUACAGUUAACAAGGAGUUAAAGCCACUGGGACAAAGCUGCCAGAAGAAGGAAAAAGAAUACAGAGAAGCACUUGAGGCUUUCAACGAAAAGAACAGGGAAAAAGUACAGCUCAUUACAAAACUGAUGGAGGUUAGUCUGCUGGUGGGUGAAAGUGAGAAGAUGAGGAUGAAGAAGCUGGAGGAGCUGAGCAAGAACAUUGAUUCAAUGCAGUGAAUAUAGCCCAUUGAUGAUAGCUCUGAUUAGGUGUGUGUGAUGUAUUUAAGAUGACUACUUUGUUAAUGUUUACAUAUAUGGGUGAUUGGCUUUGGUGUAUUCUAAGUUUGGUUGUUUCGUUAGGCAUUUGAAAAACUGUAGCUUGAUUUAGGCAGGAAAUACCCUUCUAAAUUUAAACAGGUUUGUAACUAAACGCAUUCUGAACUUCGCAUUUUCUUCUCAUUGUAAGGUCUCUUUUAGUGUAAUGUGGGUUUUCUUCAUUUA